AUGGUGAUAACUGCUACAACACCGCAAACACAGCCUGACAAUGCUCAGACCUACAGGUUGGUGCAACUAGGAGCUAACCCCGAUGAUAUGACGAAUGUUGAAGUGAGUGAAAUGAUAGAUGAGAUCGUCAGCAACAUUAACAAAACUGAACAUGGACCCGCAGUGACGGAGAAUGCAGAACCUACCUCAACUGCUACAACGCAGGAAAACGUUUUUAGCCUUGGAUUAGAAAAAACUCCAAAACCUGCAGGAGAGUUACUGAAGGAAGCUGUGAAUACAAUAAGAGAAAGGCAACCAUCAUUCAUACAACAACAUGUGCUGAGGAAUAGAAAAAUCCCAACACAAGAUCUGAAACAAUAUCAAAGAAAUUCAAAGAGGAUUAAGAAGACAGCUAAUGAAGAAGAAAUGGCCGCAGUUCCAGAAGUAGAAGAAGAUAGAAUGGCUGAGGUUGCUGAAGAAGAUGAUGGAACAAUGAGAAACGAUGUGAAAGGUUCAGAAGUUAUCGAAAGGCUGGAAGGCGAGAAAAAGAAUAAAGUGCUUGAAUAUUUCAAUACUCAUCUGAAAACAGACAUUACUUGGAUGGAACGCAAAGAAGAUGGUAGCGAGCUGUUUGAUAUAUCUGGAGAACUAAUGAUACAGCUUACAAAGAAAGAAUCCUUCUUGGAGUCAGAAUUCAUCGACUUCUACAUUAGCAGAUUGAGGACGAAGAUGAACUCUAACAGCAAGUAUGACAAGGCGAUAUUCCUGUCGCCAAAAGCAUACAUCUCUUACUUGAAGGAUUACGAAGAAUUCAAGAAAUUUUGGAUUCCGAAGCUUGCGAAGGAUAAUGUCAAGUACAAGAACGAUGCAGUGAGAGUGCGUAUGUCGCCUCUCGGAAAUGGUCCAUCACAAGUGAGUACCUAG